AUGAAUCAUGAAUUUCGGAAAGUGCUUUUGUUUAGUGUCAGUGAAAAUCGUGAAAUGCCACAGCCAUUUGAAAUUUUUUCUUCCACUAUUGGCCUAAAAGACUUGGUGCAUGAUAUAUUAAUUCCUGAAAGUAUUCGGUAUGUAGAACAAUCAGGCAACGCAUUCAGCACAAAUGAAGAUGAAAUCAAGGCAUUUCUUGGUAUGGACCUGGUAAUGGGGUACCAUAUUUUGCCUACAUUUAGAAGCUACUAUGCAACUGAACCCGAUUUAGGUGUUCCUUAUAUAGCUCAGAUUAUGCCACUACAUCGGUUUGAAGAGAUUCGGAAGUACUUACAUUUUUCCAACAAUGCUGAUCAGUCAAUAAAGGAAGACCGCACAUACAAAGUGAUACCUGUAAUUAACCAUUUGAACGAAAUCUUCCAGGAAUCUCUUAGUGCAACUAGGGCUCAAUCUGUAGAUGAGCAUAUGAUCAGAUUCAAAGGACAUAAUAUUAUGCGACAGUAUGUCAAAAAUAAGCCAGUCAAAUGGGGUUUCAAAAUGUGGUGCAGAUGUAAUUCGGAAACUGGCUACCUAUUUGAGUGUGAUUUAUACACUGGCAAAAAAAACCAGGUCCUGAUGUAG